CUUGCUUUGACGCGCGCCUCAAACGCUUCUACCUGCGUUACCUACCUAUUUCAAUUUAUCGAUAUCGGUGUCGAUAUCGAUUUCAUUUGAUUUAUUAAACAGAUUUUAUAUCUCGCCCAUUUUCUUCUCAACUUCAGUGUCUGUGUAUGUGAUUUUUAAAAUACUUUUUAUUUUAAAAGAAGUGCACUUUAUUGGGAAUCAGUGAAAGGAUUCUUGGGAAAGAUGCGGUGGCCAACGCCUUACAUAAGCUUUCUGCUGGUGGCUUUCCUUUCCUUAACAGUGGACAAAUUAGAAGCUUGCUCAUGUGCACCUGCACAUCCUCAGACGAAAUUCUGCAAGGCAGAUUUUGUUGCUGUCAUUAAAGUGAAAGACUUGGAAGAAGGCGAAUUUGAAAAUCUCUACAGGGUGAAAGUAAAAAGAGUCUUCAAGAGCAAUCCAGAACACAAUAUGAUCUUAGAAGACGAACUGUGGACUCCGUCAACUGAUGGGAUGUGUGGUGUCACUCUGAAUUUAAACAUGACCUACGUUGUAAGUGGUAGUAUGAGAUCCGGAAAGCCUUUCAUAUCGAUUUGUGACCUCUCGAUGCCUUGGGCAAAAACGACCAAACGCCAACGUAAAGGCUUCAGACAGCUCUAUCGAGAAGGCUGUAAAUGCAAAAUUGUCUUCACACCAUUCCAGUGGAAGGGGACAGUUUUGGAGAAAGCUGGAGGAAAACAGUGCCUGUGGGAAAGCGAGCCAGGACCUCUGAUCUGUCAGGAGGAACAUGGCAUUUGUAUGCAGGGUCACGGUGGGUGUUCCUGGGUCCCAUCCGUAUCUUACAAGAACUGCAUUGAACAGCACCAGCGUCAUCGAGAACAGCACAGGUCACGGGAAGCGUGAUUCACGAGCUAAGCUGGCAAACCCUCGUUUUACAAUUUACAAUUUACAAUUUACAAUCGCUUCAGUCAUCGACAUUCGCCAUAGCACUCAUGCACUACUAACCAUAUGCGAAUCGCUGAAUUCCUCCUUUAAUGCAAAUCAGCGAAUCCAUCCCAUUUCACAUUUCACAUAUUUCACUGUAAGUCAUUCUUCAUUCUUAAGGUGGCUUGGGCGCUUUUUAAAAAAAUCACAGGCAGUUCUGAAAAUUUGAUAUUAUCGAAAGAAAAUAUACUAGAUCACUUUGCAAAA